CCAGUAUUUUUAAUUAAGAACAUCACAUAAAAUGGAAUGUUGAUAUCUUUUUUUUAAAAAAUACUUUCGAUUUUCGUAAACAUAUUUUAACAAAAUGACAAACAUGACAGAUAUGUACGCACCUUCAGCAGCAUCACUGAGCAUUCAUAAUCAUUCUGCAUUGCUAAAUAAAGAGUUUCAAGAUUCCCCAGGUAAUAUAUUAAUUCACGUAUGGUUUUUACAAAAUAACCUGGAACCGAAUACCCCCAAAGCGGAGGUGUUCAAAUUACCUUCUCCAUUAAUAUUUACUCCUCAAUUCUCAGUCAACAAAGUAUCUUGUGGAGUAUCGGUCGCUGCUUUUUUAACCACGAACGGUCAAGUUUUCACGUGGAUUUUAGGAUGUGGUAGUGUCAAUAAAAAACUAGAUUGCCCACAGCUACUCUCUGCUUCGAUAGAACAUCUUAUAGUAGAUAUUGCUUGUGGAAAUCACCAUAUUUGUUGUCUGUGUGAAACUGGAGCAAUUUUGACAACAGGCUGCUUUCAUUAUGGACAGUUGGGGACUUAUCCAGCAAAUUUAACUAAUGAAUUUUCUAACGAAGGUUGUUAUACAAAUCAAGAAUGCACUUGCGACAAAGUCAAUUUACAAAUUGUUCAGAACAACUUAAAAGAUGUCUUCUUUUUAACGUUCAAGUCUCGUGUCGUGAAAAUAGCAUGCGGACCUAAGCAAACGGUUGUUGUCACGGAAGACGGCGAUGUUUGGGGGAUGGGUCAAGGAGUCUGUGGUUGGGAAUACCAAAAUGUGAAAACUUCCGGAAAAACGCCAAGUACAUUGAUAUAUACUAUUCCACAAAAAAUUGAGCUUUCUUUGGGGAAAAGAAGUAUAAAAAUCGCAGAAGUCAUUUGUGGCAACAAUUUUUUUUUAGCAAUAACUCAGUCAGGUGGCGUUAUUAGCUGGGGUUGUAACAAACUCGGCCAGCUAGGCCAUGGUGUUGUCUGCUCGUACGGGCUUCCUCAUCCCGUGCUGUUUCGAAAGGAGCAUAAUAUUUCAAAUGAUUUUAUAGUAGAAGACCAAUUUGAAAAUUCCUCUAAUGCUUCAUCCUCAGACGGUAUUGUAACAUACAUUUAUAGUUACGAUUCUUGUAUAGCUAAAACAUCUGAGGGGUCACUAUGGUUUUGGGGCCUCUUUGGUUGGACAAGACCAAUAUGUGUUAACGACAUUUCUUCUUUUAAGGAUUGUAUUGGAUUAUCAACAGCUCUGUAUGCAUCUUUAUUGUUCAGAGAGGUCAUUUGGCUAGACACAGAGGGACGAUUAUUGAUUACUAAUUUAGAACUACCACUAAAGACUCAAACUGUAUAUGCAAAUAAUGAAAAACCUUUCACUACGCUAAGCGCAUCAUCAAAAUUAAUUAUAGCCAUGUCGAGUUCACCAUGCCAGCAAGUUAUUUGUGAAGAAUUUAAUCAAAAUUUUGAGGUUUCUGAGGAUAACUUAAAAAGUAUAAGUGAAAAUCCCCUACUUACAUUUCGCGAUUUGUCUCGUAAAGAUGCGUCUUCAACCAACGAAACAAUGAGUUCUACCUAUUGUACUGAUCAUGCUUUUGAACAGUCCGAGUUUCCUUCGACUGUUUUUCCUCAGCAUAAACAUGAUGCUCAAGAAAUCCCGUGCCAGUAUUGUGCAGACAAAAAUAUUAUCAUUCAAAAUAUACAAAUUAAAUUAAAUCGUUUAGAAGCGGAAUUCAAUGAUACAUUGUCCCAGUAUCAGAGAGAUCUUCAAGUUGUGUCGGAGACUUUAAACAAAAAAAAGGAACAAAAAGAGAUAUUCGAGAAGCGUUUACUUGAUAUAUUACAAGAAGGUCCUAAAGAAAAUAUAGAUUUAUGGGCAGAAAAAAUUCGGUCGGGAAUAGACGAUUCUAUUUCUAAAGAUCCUGAUGUUUUACAAGGCUAUACCCCUAUGUUAAUUCUCAUCAACCGUUUUGUUCAAAAGUUUAAAUAUUUGGAAAAUCAAAAACUUCUCUACAUGGAACAAAACAACACGUCUGAGUCAUCCAUCAUUGAUUAUGCCCAAAAGUUUGACGCGACACUAGAAAAACUUUUAAAAAAAGAAAAAGAAUUUUUGUCACUACAAGAAACCAACACAAAUCUUACAAUGGAAAAUCAAACUUUAUCACAAAAAAUUAGCAGCUUAGAACAAAGAAUUAGUCUACUGAACGAUUCAAAAAAUGAGGAAUCCGAGACGAUUUGUCAAUUAAACGUAUCAUUGGAUACCCUUACGAAUCAACUAAAAAGCGAACAGAGAAAAAACCAAAUGAUGAGUUUGAAAAUUCACCGUUUAACAAGCAAAUUAGAGAAAAAAACUAUAAAUAUAACUAAAUACGAAACGGCUAUUACAUCAAGCAAGAACAUACAAACAAAAUUAACUGAUUUGGAAUCAGAAUACUUUGAACUGAAAAACAAAUUUCUACAGUCGGAAGAAGAAAAAAAUCAACUCCACUUAAAAAUUAGCGCUAAGGACUAUGACAAUGAAAUAUUGAAGACUGAAAAAGAAGACUUUUCUGAACAAAUUGAAAGGUUGAAAUUAUCGUUAGAAACAAUUGAAGAGAAACAUACUAGAUUGCAAGAAGUUUUAUCAGAAGAAACUGAGAAAGUAGAAAUGGAAAGAAGACAAUUCAAAAAUGAAUAUACUACAUUAAUAGAACAAUUAGCAACAACCAGGAAAUUAUUAGAAAAAGCUGAAAAAGCACUGAAGGAAUCUCAAGAUCAAAAAGAUCAAAAAACUAGAGAGCUGAUGGCUAUUAUUGAAGAAAUUCAAAUUCAAAAAUCGACACUUGAGGAAAAUUUAAAAUCAGAAGAGAAACAAUUUGUAAAGGAUAUUAAGGUCUUGAAAACUAAGAAUUUGCAACUUUCAAAAGAAUUAAACACUGAAAAAUUGAGAAAAAAAGAGGAAGAAAUGUAUCUUGAAGAACGUAAUAAUUUUUUUUCCAGAGAAAUAAAACAAUUAAAAACUACAAUUGAUGAAACAACAAAAAGUUAUAAAACUCUGGUGGAAACAUUAAUGCAGCUUGGGUGCGUGGAACUAGAAAGUUUAAAAGGUUCCAAACAAUCGGAUCUAACUUCAAGGAUAUUAAAUGAAUCAUUGCCGUGGUUUUUUGAAAAUCCUAAACAAAUAGCCAAUUCCUGUGCUGACAAAAUAAAACAAAUGGAAUGUCGUUUACAUGAAAAGAAUAAUCUUAUUGAGAAUUUAGAAGUCACUAUGCGGAGUAUGGAAAACAAUUACAAACUCAAGCUGGAAAGUCUUCCCGAAAGUUGUGAUACGUGUGAAUUCCUUCAAUCACAAGUGGAUGCUCUCGAAAAGGAAGUCCUUGAAAAACAACUUUUUGUUGAUAAAAUGGAUGUCACGCAACAAUUAACUAAUGUCCAUUGCUUAAGUGAUACAAAAGAAGAUCUUUCCUUUACUAGAACUCAUCUGACAACUCAGCCAUCCCACAUUCAAAAAAACCCCUCAGAGAAGCAUCCUUGUUCGGUAACAGUACAUACAGGAAUAGAUUUUGCUCACUCAGCUAGUAUAGCAAAUACUCACAAGACUCUGAGAGAUGAUCCAUCUUGUAUAUACAUAAGAAACCAUCCAGAACGUGCGAUGAAUCCUCUGUAUAAUAAUAUGCUAAGUUUCAAAGAUAAAUAUGAAUCCAUAAAAACUGAUGAACAUAACAUCAACUCAACGUCGCCGUAUACUCUAUCAAAACAAUUGGCUUGCUCCCAUGACCGUGUGAAUCCUCACGUUAUUUUAACUCGUUUGACACCAAGCCUAGAAGAAGAACCAUUUUAAAAUUUAGAAAAUUUUGGUUGCGCAGAAAAAAAAAUUCAGCUACAGAACAAAAUAGGAUUUUCGAUAAUUAACAUUUAUGACAAAAGGACGGAUAAUAAUUACCAGGCGAUAUGGAGGUUGCACAAACCAUGCAGCCAAGCCUCACUAAUAGUAAAUUUUAUCAUUUCGCAACAUAUUUUUUGAAAUCUUGGAUGUGCACUUACGUAGAUUUUUUUGUCAAUAUAUUUUUGUAAUACUCCGUUUCAGCUUCAAGUUUCAUCGUACAAGAUAUCGAGUGGAAACUCUAUGCCAACAACACAAUCUCAAUGAUUUUACGCCAUUAAAAAAUUAUGAAACCAUAAUCUUUGAUGAAAUCUAAAUAAACAGGGUUUUGGCGAUACUUCUGACCUUGAAUUUCGUAUCGUUUUUUGUUCUUUCAAACAUACUUUGACCACAAAACAAUAUUCUUAUAAAUAA